CUUGAAAUCAUCUAGACACUCACUGCAACCUCUUGCUCCUAUCCCAGGGCCUCUCUCUGCCUGGGUGAGAGGAUAUCCCUUGUCACCAGCCUGUUUUGUCCUGGUCUCUCUGGGGUUGUUGAAUCUCUCCUCUUGCCUGCCAAGUACACAUGUACCCCAGACUUCAUUUCUUUCUGCAUCUUCCUCCAAGAAACAGCUUCCUGAGGGUGCUGGGGCAGCCAUUGGUGAGGAGGGGCUGCUCCAAUGUCCCUCCUAUGAGGGGACUCUGCACAGUCACCAUUGCCCACACUGUCACACAUAUUUUCAUGCAGUCACACACAAGACAAAAGCAUGCAAUGACAAAACCAUACGUAAUCCUGACCGCCCAGCCAAUCAAGACAUAUCACAGAACACACACAUCCUUCCAAGAAUGUUUAUCCUCAUGCAUCACUUACACACCCCCAGACACUGCAAUGCAAGUCACUAGUCAUGGUCACAUGAUAGUGACAGUGUGGCCUCCUCCUGCCCCCAGUACACCCACCCUCUGGCACCACACACAUUGUCUCCAGCUUUCAGGCUCACUGGGGAGGGUGGAAUCGAGCCGGAACAAUCAGCCCAUAUUGGGUCCCCCUAAGUUGCCCCGUCAUACUCAGUCCCAUGCCAUGGUGCCCACACCAACCAUGCAGCCACCAACCCCAGCCAGUGUCAGACACAAUUCCAUGUGGAUGCACAGUCUCACUCCACAUGACCUGCUCUCAAUGCUGGAGGGAAACAGGCAGGCCCUUGCCUUUCUUGGAAAAAGUGUGGGGCCACAGCCCUUUCAGGGCAUUGCACACAGGUGGGCCUGGCCUCACCCCUACCUUCUUCCUCCCCACUGCAGUUGGCAAAGGGGGAGGUUUGGGGCCAGACCCCCACUGGCUGGCAGCCUGGGGGCUCCUCUAAGGCUGAGGAAGGAAAUUUGGCCCCAGGUUGUUGGGGGGUCUUGGGUCUCCCAGGAUAGAAGGCCCAGGGCAGGGAGGGGGCAUGUGGUUGGGCUCUUUUAUCUCCCUGUGUCCCCUUCCUGCUCUGAGCUAGGGGGCUGACUCUGCCUCCCAGGACACAAGUCUCCAAAGUGCCUGUGAGGGCGGGCCCUCCGCACCCUCUGCCCUCUGCCUGGCCAGGCCAACCUCAGCCCACCUGCCCAGAGGGCCUCCCUGUGGGCACCCCCUCACCUAUUUGGCCAGACAGUUCUGGCUGCAGCUUCAGGGGCCAUGGCUGGAAGCAGCCCCUGCAAUCCCUCAGGCCCUGAGGUCAGGGUUCGAGGGAUGAGACCAGGUGAUAGUGGGGGAGGGGUUACUUCCUUUGUUACCUUGCAAGUAGGGCUAUUUCCAUCCGUAUUUUAAAUGUGGGGUCACAGAUCUUUGGGGGAGGGCGUGCUUGGCAGGGGGCCUCUUGGAGCCAAAGGGAUGUGGUGUGAGUUGUGACUGGCUGGCACUCACACUCCCACCCCUCACCCACAGCCCAGAUUCAAGUCAGGAAGGCAGGUUUUCUUUCAGGGCCCUUUGCAAGAUGCCCUGGCAGCAGAUUUCUGCAGGAUGAGGGGUAGCAGUGUGUAGGCAGUGAGGGUGAGGUUCCGGGGGCUGUCCCAUAGCCUGUCUUUUCCAGGCUGGGCUCCAUCUUCCAGUCCCAAAACCCUCCUUCACAGGGCCCAGAGGCUUGCGAGGAAGCCAGGUGGACCCAGCCUUAGAAGAGUGGGAAUGGGGGGCCCCCAAUAUCUGGAGGGGGUGGGUUGGCCUCAGUCAUUUUUGGAGCAGAAGGACUGGGUCCUGGGGCCAGAGACCGCAAGGCUCAGCCUCCCUACCCUGCUCCCUGGGGUGCUGCUGUCUUGGAGACCACAGCUCUGGUGAGACGGCCUGGGCAGGCCAAGGCUGAGAAACCAGGGAGGAUAGAGGAGAAAAGGGCUUGGGCCCCCAGCCCCAGCAGGCGCCAGACCUUGGGCGGGAGACCCACCAGUUGGUGUAGGUUCUCUGUAGGGCUGGAGCCCAUGGUGGGGGUGGCCCCAGCAGACCUGGCUCCUCACAUCCCAGGGGCUGGCUUCUGAUUUGCGGCUUGGCCUCCUGGCACUGGCUUCUCUUCUCUGUGUCCUUAGCAUUUGAGAGAAGAGGCCAGGGGCCUUGUUCAUGAAGCCCUGGACCCAAGGCAGAUGUCCAGGCUUUAUCCUCGUGAGGUUGAAGAGUCUGACCAGCCCAAAUCUGCCCUGGCCAGCCUGACCAGGGCAAGGCAGUACGAGAGAGUUCAGUGAGGACCAGCUAGGGUUCUCCAAGGUGCAAUGCAGAUGCAGGGCCCUCAUGUACCCCUACCCUGCCUGUGAUGGGGUGUUCUGAGGGGCUUUGGCAUUUGCUGGAAGCACAGCGAGUUCCAAAUGAGAGGGAGCUUGUGUGGCUUGAGAGCCUUUGGGGCCUUGGCUGCCAGAGCACGAGGCAGGCCAGGACGUGGAGAGCCCAGGCCCUGUCUCCAGGGGGCCAGAUGGGGCCUUGCCUGAAAGGCUGGUCCCCUUGAUUGCUGGAGGUGUGUGGGUGGCAACCAGGGCUGGGCAGGGCUUAGGGUGUGUGGAACAAACCCCCCUAGGGUUGGCAAAGCCGCCUGUCAGGCCUCCAGGUGGGGGCCCUUGGACGCAGGGAGCAGACCCUCUGCCUUGCAGGGCAGGAGUAGCUGCCUCCUGGGUUCUCUGGAUUUCUUCUCCCGACAACUACAACCCUGGACUUGCCUUCCCAGGCCUCUUGCCUGUAAAUAGAAGCCCGCAAACUGUACAGAUUUACAGAGGCAUCAAGACUGGGCCCUGGGAGUCGCCAUCUGAGAGCCGAUGGCCCCAGCAUCCCCCAGGUGCCUGCCUGGCACCACAGUGACCCUGGCCUCAGCGUGGCAAAUGCAUGUAAAUAUUUUUCGUAGGCGGCGUGGCUCCAGAGAGCCCCCUGAAGACAGUGUCCCUCCCUCUGGUGAGUCCUUUCUCCUGUACAGAACUGGCCUGGGGUGGGUGGGGGUCUGCCAUUCCCUCCCCUAGGCCUUCCCUGCCCCUUCUCUCCCCUGUAACCUGUUUAUUAACUGUACCUGUCCUGAGUUCAUGGCCAAAACAUUAAAUAAGGAAAAAGACAGUGGAAAAAAGAGACCAAGGCGCCUGCCUCACUGCGGGUACUCACCUGUUCCAGCCUUGUGAAGGAACUGGUUUUGUUUUUGUUUUUUGUUUUUUUGUUUUUUGUUUUUUGUUUUUUAACACUUCCCGUGCUGUGCCCAUUUAUAAGAGGAAAUAAAAUUAAGCUGAAAUG